AUGCGUGCUCCGUCUCCGCUCCUGCGGAGCUUGCGAUCCAAACAACCCGCCCUUCCCUCCCGCUGUCUACCCGUGCGACAACCCUCGACGAGAACGCCUUUCCUUGCAUUCUCUAGAUCCGUUGCCAGCUAUACGCAUCCUCAUCAUGCAUCCGCCAUAUCGGCUCUUCCCACAGCAGUGGACACGUCAUCCUCAGAUUUCAAGGAGAAUGCCCAGCAAAUGCAGGAGCUCCUCGACCGGAUGGCCAGUCUCCACAGCACAAUUUCCCAAGGAGGGCCGCAGAAAGCCAAGGACAAACACAUCGCAAGAGGGAAAAUGCUCCCUCGCGACAGAGUUACCGCGCUCAUUGAUCCAGGCACCUCAUUCCUGGAGCUCUCUCCACUCGCCGGCCAUGAAGUCUACUCGGACGACGUCCCCGCAGGUGGCAUCAUAACAGGCAUUGGAACGGUCGAAGGUGUCACCUGUAUGAUUGUUGCUAAUGACAGCACAGUCAAGGGAGGCACAUACUACCCCAUUACGGUCAAGAAGCACCUCCGCGCGCAAGCAAUUGCUCAAGAAAACAAGCUUCCCUGCCUCUACCUCGUGGACUCUGGCGGUGCAAAUCUUCCCCACCAAGCAGAUGUCUUUCCAGACAAGGAACACUUCGGCCGCAUCUUCUUCAACCAGGCCCGCAUGAGCUCCCUGGGCAUUCCACAAAUCUCCGUCGUCAUGGGUCCCUGCACAGCUGGUGGAGCCUACGUCCCGGCUAUGAGCGACGAGACGAUCAUUGUCGAGAACCAGGGUACUAUCUUUUUGGCCGGCCCUCCUCUCGUCAAAGCUGCUACAGGCGAGGAAGUCUCCGCAGAGGACCUUGGCGGCGGUCAACUCCAUAGCACAAUCUCAGGUGUAACAGACUAUCUUGCUGUUGACGAUGCGCAUGCCAUUGUUCUCGCCCGGAGGUCUAUUUCAAACCUCAACUACCCCAAAACAACCGUUCCUCUCAAGGACAUUCCCAGUGAUGUCAUCAGAGAGCCCCUGUACGACCCAACGGAACUCAACGGCAUCGUGGGCACCAACCUCCGGCGCCAAAUCCCUGUCCACGAAGUCAUCGCCCGUAUUGUCGAUGGCAGUGAGUUUGCCGAAUUCAAGCGGGACUACGGCACGACCCUUGUGACCGGAUUUGCUCGUAUCUUUGGGCAUCAAGUCGGUAUCGUGGCCAACAACGGUAUUCUUUUCUCCGAAUCAUCCCUGAAAGGAGCGCACUUCAUCGAGCUCUGCGCGCAACGCAAAAUCCCUCUGGUCUUCCUCCAGAAUAUUUCCGGCUUCAUGGUCGGCGCAGAUGCUGAAAAGGGCGGCAUUGCAAAGAACGGCGCAAAGCUCGUUACCGCUGUAGCCUGCGCAGACGUCCCUAAAUUUACAGUCGUAUUUGGUUCCAGCGCUGGCGCGGGCAACUAUGGAAUGUGUGGCCGUGCUUACUCUCCGCGUCUUUUAUUCAUGUGGCCCAACGCCAAGAUCGGUGUCAUGGGCUCGGAACAACUCUCAGCUGUCAUGGAAGCUGUAGGGCGGACAGCUGAUCCGGACCUCAAGGCUCGGAUUGAUCGUGAGUCAGAGGCAGUCUUCUCCUCUGCACGACUGUGGGAUGACGGCGUCAUUCCUCCCGCACAGACGAGACGCUUCCUUGGUCUGGGGCUGGCAGCUGCUGUGGGUGGAAAGGUAGAUGAUGUGCAGACCCGUUUUGGGGUGUUCCGGAUGUGA